AUGGACUACCAUUCUACUCCCUAUGCUGGCUCUCUGAAUCCACUCUCGAAAUCGGCCAUCACAAGUCUAUAUACGUCCUUCGCUGCCACAAAGUCUGAUUUGUCUACCCCCCAGUCGUUCGGUGCAUCUAAGGAUACGCGUCCCGGUAUAACCCAAGCUGAUUGCGGACCGGCUACUCUACUUGACCGUUCGGCCCAAAUGCAAGAAAUUGUCUUGGACCUGAAGCACGCUACUUUGGUUAAUUUCGACAAUUGGGUUUUCCGGGACUCUGAAGACGUCGAUGCUGGCCUUAAAGAAUCUAAGGAAGGAACGCCUUGCGCUGGUACUUCAAGCUGCGAAACAUCUCUGGCUGAUAACGAGUCGACGGAAGCUAUUGAACCACGCCCUUCCACGGAUAAACUCAAAAAAUGUUCUGAUUCAGUCUCACGGGAUGUUAUCGUUGAUUUCGCCUGCCUCCCGACAUAUCCAAUCAGUGCUCUUUCUGCUUCUUCGACUUGCGCAUUUUCCGACAUCCCUCCGUCUGGUGAUAACUCUGCUGGAGCCGAAUGUGUGCCACUGCCGAUAGCAAAUACUGCUAGUUGCCAUUGGACAUCUGACAUACCACUCUCGCCUGAACAACAACGUAAAGGCCGGAUCAGCCUUACACCGUAUCCCGAGGGAAUGAGUAUGACGAUAGACUUUGGCUCGCCGGAAUUAGCUAAUUUGACAGCUACCCUCGAGGCUAUCAAACGCUUAGACGACCCACCUACUGGAAUUGACCAGCUCAGCGACGACUCUCCAAUGGCUAUGGAAAUCCUCAGCAACACUAUCGUAGUUCGAGUGGAGGAGCCGCUUGCCGUCGAUCCCUCUUCGAUGGCAGCAGAAGCUAACGGUGAUAAAAUUCAUUUCGAAGCUCUCCCGCCUGUAUCGGUGUUCCUACAGGCUAUCCCGACUCCCGACCCCGAUUCAACCUGGAUAGCUGAUCAUCGGCCUGGAAAAGAAAAUGAUGCAACUCCUACACCUGAUGUUCCCCGAGACAAAAUCCCUGCAGAAGAUAAAGCGAAGCGCAAACCCCUCUCGACUGUAGCCAUUGGUAGCACCGCAGACAAAGCUGAUAUCCGAGACAGAGAUCGAUACCGUGGCGCUGCAUAUUCAAGAGUGCUUCCAAAACCUUGCCUUAGUGCUUCCUCGUCGAUGACUUCCGUCGCCCUGGCUACUGUUCCUCAAUUAACGUCUUCGCCCAUCCUCCAGAAUUCUGGGACUCCUCCCCUACUCUCAGGUACCUGUAUUCUGCCCACGAGCUCGACCGCAAGCCAGGGUCAAUCCAAGCCUUCGGAAAAUCGAGUGGUCCGCAAUACGACGGGAACUCCGCGUGGUGUCUCCUUUGACUCCAAGGACAUUAAUGUUCGGCAGGAUGAUGGAACCGUUUGUUCUAAUGGGAAGGCCAGAAGGCGGAAAUCAAUCUUACAAUGCUCGAUGCCCGAUUCAAAUGUGAAGCAUGGCGUCCGCGUAGCGAAGGGGAAUCUACAUGAAAAGUCGAAGUCUUUAUCGAAAUCAACAGGAUGUCAAGUCAAAGCGUCGACGUCGGGCGGGCUGGUGAAUUGA